GGGACUGUUUAAACUUUUUGCGUUUGCGCGCGUUGCAAAAAAGUUUUCUGAUUUGUUCACGCGUUUUCGCAGUCGCGUGCGCGCGUUUCUGUUGUGAUUUGCGUGCGUUUUGCAUGCGAUUUGUGUGCGUCUUUUUUGUGAGCCCGUAUGCAACACUUGGCCAACGAACUGCACUCACAACGCAUAGCAAAUUAUGUUUGCAGCUGCAUCGAGAGCUUAACAUUUUUAAUGGUUAGCCAUCUGUGGCUACUUCAAAUCAAAUCACUCAUAAAAGCAGCCAAAUAAGCAACAGUAAAAAGCAAUUCAGUGCUGCCAUAAAACCAAAUUAAUACACAUAUGAUAUAUAUGUACAUACACUCUUAUAUGCAUACUUCUUAUAUUUUUGUAUGUAAAUAAGUAUGUACAUGGAUAUGCCCUUCGUCAAAAUACCAGGUGUAUAUAUAUUUGUACGUAUCUGGCUACAUAAGUUAAACACAUGGUAGUAUAAUCAAAAAGACAAACUUGUUUCCAUCAACGACAUCGCGCAGUAACAAAUAUAAAACAAAUUAAAUUAAAUUAAUUUUAAUUGCCGCCAAAAGAUCACAUAAAAAGCGUGCAGUAAAAAGAAAAAUAUCAGCAAAUUAAUUAUAUUGUAUAUAGAAAAACAUGAUGCGAUAAAAUGUUUACGAUUUAAAAAUAAAAAUAAAAAAUAAAGAAAAACAUACAAAUUUAUAGUAUAAGCCCAGCAACAGAAGCGAUAACACAACAGGCGCGCUGCUAAACAAAAGACUUAGGCAACGAACUUGCUGCUGUUUCAUUGCUCGCUUACAUUAUGUGGCUAGUAUUGAGUGUUGAGCGCUAAGAGCGGUAAGAGCUGUUAGCUGUGAGAGUUGCGCCAGAUAACGGUGCUUCGGGUGAUAGCAAUAGACGUUACCAUAAAAAAAAACAAAAGCAACAAUAAUAACAGCAAGAAAAUGCAACAAGCAACAAACUAAUUGACAAGUCAAAUCCUGCCUGCUACAAACAAACAGCUGGGUACCAACGACCAGUAACAAAACAACUAACAACAACAAAAAACAAUCGCCGGACAGCUCGUCGACUGCCAGACUGGUGGCUUCAACUUUAAUCAAAUCGCAGCCCCAACGACAAUUGCAAAGUGUGCCUCUUAAUGUUUCCAAAUGCAUUUUACUGCCGCAAAAACAAAAAAAAAUCCAAAUAAAUUUACAUAAAUAUUUCACGUGCUGCUUUUUGCAACUGUUGCAGUGACGACGGUCACAUCCGCGUUUCCAAGAUUGAGAUUUACCGAGCUGGAUAGUUGCAAGUGUUUGGACCGUGUGUGCAUUCGCUCUGUGUGUGCGUGUAUGCGGUCUGUGUUUCUCCAAGAAUCUCAAUCUGCUAAAUGCCAGUGCCAGACAAAUCCAAAUAAUACUUAAAAUAAUAAAAAGCGCCUCGAGUGCGUUAAUUGCUGUUCAUUCGAAUCAAGCUGGGGACUUUGCCUCCGUUAGAAUCCUAACCAAUAUGUCAGAGUCAGCACCUUAAGCUGGAACAGCGAAAACAUAGGAAUAAUAUCUUAUUAACACUUAAAAAUCCACAUAUUGGCCAGCACUGAAUAAACGAUUUUGCGAACUGGAAAUACACGCGCAACAAAUGAUUGGCACUGAGGAUAUGUCCACAUCGACUGGCAUGGAUAUAAGUGAAUCCUUUCGUACCGAGGAUCUCUCAAAAACGGAUUUCUUCGAUUUCGUCACAGCUCCGGACAUGGGCAUUGGCAUCGGUGUUGGGGUGGAUGUGGGGGUAGGCGUUAGCCUGCAGCAGCAGCACCAUCAGCAGCAGCACAAUCAGCAGCACAACAGUCACAACCACAGCCAAGGUCAUCAGCCAACGACAUCACAAACGCCCCAGCAGGCCAUCUGCGGCGGCGGCGCAAGAACCACCAGCAGCAUGACACACGACGGCGGCGAAGGCGCCGGCAGCGGCAUUCCAGUGAGCAAUCGUAAUGGCAGCACCAGCAAUGGCGGCGAUCCCACGUUACAAGGCUAUGAGUUCUGGCAUCAGGACAAGGAUAACAGCCGCCUUGACUCCAGCUCUAUCUUCGAGGACCUUGAUCGAUACUGCUGGCAGCAGCAGCCGAUCACAGCCAGCGCUACGACCACCGUUAACGCCAGCAAUGUGCGAUGUACUAACCAGCCAAGUCCCACAUCUCCGCAAUCGCAUCCACAUCCACAUUCACAUCCACAUCAGCAGCAACAGCAACAUCAACAGCAACAGCAACAACAACAGCAGCCCAAUGCCAGCAGCUCCUCGAGUGCUGCGGGCAGCAGCAGCGAUACCAUUAGCAGCCUGGAUACAACUGACGGCCAGAUUUACACUUUGACAGUAUUAAAUGGAGGCGAGCCUUGGUUAAAGCGCGCCGAGACGGAGCAACUGCCCAGCGCACUGGAUUUGGACAGUUUGCUGGGCAGUUUUCCGGGCUAUAUCAAAUCAGAAUAUCCUUACGACGACAGCGGCUUCAGUACGGAUGGCAAGGAUGUGAUUGUCAGUGGUGCAGAUGUCAAUGGCCUCAGCAGUAUUUCCCAAUCCCAGCCACACGGACAGACGCUACCCUCACUGGUAACUGCCAUUUCCAUCGCAGGUGGCGGGGUCAACGAGCUGGGCCAACAGCUGGCCCAGUUUCAAAAUAACAAUAACGACUGGCACAUGGCCGAUCACAACGCGGAGGCGGAACAGAACUCUGCGGAAUCGCUGCUGCGCAGCGCUCUUCAAGGGAAGGGCUACGCCAAGGGCCUGCAUAUGCAAAAUGGUCUAGCAUUGCCUGUGGUCAAAGAUGAUGAAAUGAGGAGGCUACUCUUUACGCCAGAUGAUGCAGCGGAUGCUUUGGGCUUUGCGGACUCAACGCUGAAUACCGCGCAAAUGUUCGAGGAUGCACAGUCCAUGAGUCAUGCAGCCAGCGGUGCGCACAUGUCCUCGUCGAAUCACGGCCAGCAUGGUGGCAAUGCCAGCAUCAUUGUCGAUGAUAUGUUCCUGUCGCUGGAAAAUGCUUUUAGCGAUGACUUUGAGAAAAUCAAGCGCAUUGCCAAUGAGGUGCAGCAGUUCUGCAGUGCCAACACGGGCACACCAACGCCUGGAGAUUAUACCAGCAGCGAUGUGCUCAUGCAGAUGUCACCGAGCGCGACAGCAGGAACAACAACACAGCUACAGCCCCUAGCCAAUGCGCAACAACAACAGCAGCCGCCACCGCCCCCACAGCCCCUCAAGCCGGAGGUGUCCACAUCGACAACAGCUACAGCUGUGGGCACAUCUGUGGCAGGCAGUCGCCUUGGAGGCGUUAGCAAGCCCAAGAAGCAAUACAAGCGUAGCAACAGCAGCGCCAACAGCUCAAACAGCAACAAUAACAAUAACAACAAUAAUCCUAAUGUAGCCAACAACAAUAACAGCAACAACAACAGCAGCAACGUUCUGGGUGUGGUCAUUGGCAAUGGUGGCAGCUCCUCGUCAAGCGGUAGCGCCAGCAGCAGCAGUAAUAGUCCGCCUGCCAACUGCAAUGCGAGCGGUAGUUCGGCCAGCAGUGGCGGUGGGCAGCGAAAGGAGCGUUCACUACACUAUUGCUCCAUAUGCUCCAAAGGCUUCAAGGACAAAUACUCAGUGAAUGUGCACAUACGCACGCACACGGGCGAGAAGCCCUUUGCGUGCUCGCUGUGUGGCAAAAGCUUCAGGCAAAAGGCACACCUGGCCAAACACUAUCAGACACACAUGACCCAGAAGAACAAUGGCAACCUGAUCAAAGGCAGUUCCGCCAAGCAUCAGCGUGGUGGUUCCACUGCAGCUAACACCGGUGCAAGUCUUGUCCAACAGCGACAGCUCAGCGCGGUGGCCACCACGGUGGCCAGCCCCAGUUUAAUGAGCGCCGGCGUCGUGCUGAGUGGGCCAAAUACGCCGCCUGGCGUAUUACCGCCUGCCAAUGGUCUGUUGGCGAACCGGUAGUGUGCCGACCUUGGCUUUUAUAUGUAUAGGCUAUGUUCCACAAAACACAAAACAGCAAACUAUUUCUUGUUCCUUACUAACAGCAUACAAAACAAUAUGAAAAACUAAGAUAACUACUUGAAUACUCUUGGGAAAUUAUUUCCUAGAAAAUGAUCUUUCCUGAUCAAAAAAUUGUCAUUGAUGAAUUCCUAUCUCAGCUUUCUGUGCAAUUCCUAUAUCACAAACACAUCAAGACAAAAUCACAAACUCACUAAAUGCACUUCCAAAUAAAAUACUCAAUUAUAUUUUAUACCUAAAACACACACACACACACUCAUAAACACACAUACACAAAUUAAUUUUAAAUGUGCCAAAUUUAAAGCAAGAUAAAUUAACAAGCAAUUUUAAAUAAUAAUUA